CAUCCUGAAUGUUGGGGGGGGGGUGCAGAGGGAAGGGUCUUUGAUGGUAAGGAGAGGUACCAGAGUGCCAAGCCAGCCCAAGACUGCCGCUUCUCUGCGCACUUAGAGGCCUCCAGGCCAGAGAAGCUCCAUCUCCCGUGGGAAUAUUGGCCUGUCGUUCUCUGCCACUAGCUCCCACAGCGGCCACAGAUGGCAGUGUCUCUGGGGACAGCAGCUGCGACCGAGUCCACUGGCCGACACCGAGCCGCUCAGGCUGAGGGAGCGUGCGAGCUCCGUGCAGAGACCGCAGGGCGGGUAUGAGCCAAGGCCACCGCGAUGCCGCACUUCCUGGACUGGUUCGUGCCUGUCUACCUGGUCAUCUCCGUCCUCAUCCUGGUGGGCUUCGGAGCGUGCAUCUACUACUUCGAGCCUGGCCUGCAGGAGGCGCACAAGUGGCGCAUGCAGCGCCCCCUGGUGGACCGUGAUUUCCGCAAGACGCUGAUGGUGCGGGACAACCCGGCUUUCGGAGGCCCCGAAGUCUAAGACGGCCCGGGAUCUUGAGACCCUCCAAGCAGAGGACGACUCCUCGAUAUUCCCACCCAUCCCUGUGUAGCCCAGCAGAGGCCCUUGCUGUUCGGGGAGGCCCCUUUCUCUAGAAACCCGGCGCUUGAACAUUUAUCUUAUUUGCUGCUGUGGGCUCAAAAUCUCUGCGUCAAGCCCGUUCAAGCCUUUCCUUCCCAGCUCUGGGGACAUCCUCCACCGGCCCUCAGUGCCUUCGGGCUGUCCAGCCCCCUGUCCCUCCACCUGGAGUCAGGUCUGACUGGCCCGCUGACUCCUCAGAAUCCCCAGCUGCUUUCUGCUCCCAUCGCUGCCUCGCAGCUGACCCGGGAACGGGAUUUCAUUCGGAAGGAUGCGGAAGGAUGCCCGCUUGGUCCAGAUCAGCCCCGCCCACCUCCGUGGGCUCAGGCUUAGAAUGAGUGACUGUGCUCGGUGGGUGGGUGCAGGAGGGUAAGACUUUGGGAAGGGUGUGUGUGUGUGUGUGUGUGUGUGAGAGAGAGAGAGAGAGAGAGAGAGAGAGAGAGAGAGAGAGAGAGAGAGAGAGAGAGAAAACAGGCAGCACUAGCAGGUGGGAAGCUAUGUGUGUAUCCGAGAGAACGGGGGCAGAGCAGGCGGUGGUGGGAAUGGGCCAGGCUCCGUGGGGCAGUGUAAGAAUUGUCCACAGCAGGUUCCGUUCCAGCCCCUCCCUUCUGCUGGACUCUUACACCCCGUCCCCCGUCCCCCACCCCGAGGCUGAGGUGCUCCCCCCUCCCCCCGGGAGCCCAGGCUGCUUUUCCAGGGCUGAGCCUAGCCCUGCCCGCCUACCCGGAACGUUUCUCCUGUGCCGCUGGGGCUUCAUUUACUUUGCAUACGAAUCGGCAGCCUUCCUUCCUCACACUCCUCUGCUGAGGCUGCCAUCUGCCUUUACUCAUCACUAAUAAAGGCUUCACCACCGCU